CAGAGUCAGACACAACUGAAGUGACUUAGCAGCAGCAGCAGCAGUAAUAUUAUAAGAAAUCUAGUUCCUCCAUGUUCUCAUCAGUAUUUGAUGUUAUUACUCUUAAAAAAAUUUCAUUUGUUCAGUAGCUUUUUAUGGACAAAUUAUGGUGGUUUUAAUCUGGAUUUCCCCAACGACUAAGGAUACUGAAGAACUGACUCAUUGAAAAAGACCCUGAUGCUGGGAAAGACUGAAGGCAGGAGGAGAGGGGACGAUAGAGGAUGAGAUGGUUGGAUGGCAUCAUGGACUCGAUGGACAUGAGUUUGAGCAAGCUCCGGGAGUUGGUGAUGGACAGGGAGGCCUGGCGUGCUGCAGUCCUUGGGGUCGCAAACAGUAGGAUAGGACUGAGCGACUGAACUGAACUGAAUGAUACUGAACCUCUUCUCAUGUGCCAUUAUAUCUUUUUUGUGGAAAUAACUGUUCAUCUCUUUGGCCUACUUUAUAACUGGAUUUUUUAAACUACUGAAUUUUGAGAGGGUUUUUAUUCCCCCAAAAGUAUAUUCUGGGAUCACAGAACUUUCAAACUGCAAAAUAAAUACUCCUUCAAGAUAACACCAUUUUCAAUCCAGCCACUAGCAUCCAACAUUUCUACUGCCAUUCGUUUUAGAGAAUCUUUUCAGGUAUUUACAUUAAGUAUUCUGAAGUACUUACAUAAAACUCCUUUAGAGAGGGUCUUUCUCUAUUAUUUAAUAAACCUGCUCCUCAUCUGUCGGUAACAGACCCGCAGAUCCUGGCUGGCACGUGGCCACUGCCGAACUACUCGAGGCCCCGCCUCCGCGCAGGCGCAGAGGCCACUUCUGGCGAUCUGAGCCAGGGAUGCAGCUAAGACUGCAAGAAGCUUGAGCGAGGCUUGGUUUGUGCGGACCAUUCAUCGCCUUCUCCUUGGAUGCAGAAUGGGGUGUUGUACUUGGCUGUUUAAAGGAUGUCAUCCUGGAUGGCAAGUUUCAGGUGUUAGGCAGCAAAUUUCAUGGACAAGCACUACCAGUGUUUGAAGACAUGCACCUAUUUUAAGGAGUUUGGUAGAAAAGUGUUUGGUAGAAAGAUAAUGAAAAACAGUUGCCGGAGCAUAUUCCCAGAGUUAACGGGAACAGCCAACGACUUUGCGGUACUUUACAGAUCAGGUGGCUGGAGAUGUAGUAAAGGGGGUAUGCUGGCUUUUGAAGAAAUGCAUCUGGACUAGAGAACUAAGUAAGGCCCGUGGGCACUGAACUUAAGCAUUGGCUUAGGGAUGACUUUAUCCAAAUUGUCUUGCACGCUGGCUUUCCGGAACGACCACGGCUAUGGCUCCCACCUCCAGGCAGUGGGGUCAGUCUUGACGGAGCAGGCAGGAGGGUGUGUGCCUCUCCAGCGAAUGGUGGCAGAAAGACCCAAGGUAAAGGAAGAUGGGUGUAGGGGCUGAAGGUAACAAGCGAUGCCUCUUAAACUGUUGGGAACUGGCACGCUGUCUCUUCCACCCACAUUCCAGUGGUCGAAGCAAGUCACCUGACCAAGUUGAAGGAACUCGGGAACCAUGGAGGCAACAACCCCACCUGCUUGCAACAGCUCUGGUCUCCUGUGGGCAGGGGCAAGUUCUUACGACUCCCACCUGGGAUCAGUGUGAAAGUCCAGUCCAGCAUGAAUGCAGAAUCAUGUAUGAUGCCAAGACUCAAACACAUGUCAGUUACAUCUACCUCAAAGCAAGAAAAAGAACCUGUCCCAGAUGAGAAGAGACUUUAACAUUUUAGUGACCUUUCAUGUAAGUUGAUUUUCUGAAACACUUUUUUCACAUGGUUCUUAGCAUACAUCUGUAUUCAUAUAUAGAGAGAAAUAUGAAUAUUAAGCUGAAGAAAACUAAAUUCGAAACACCAUUAAAAGCAAAAAG